AUGUCGGCUCAGGAGUCUCCUAUUCCCGAAACAUCUCCACCCUUCCACUGUAACACCCAGGGGUAUGCCACUACUUCGUACGCCCCUCCAGCUCCACCCCCCAAACAGAACCCUCCUCCGCCCGUGGCUCCAAUCUUUGUGGCUCCCGCUCCAGCUCCAUUACAAAGGUCCUCGAGUGAACCAUUCUUCCAAGCCCAUGGCGGUCAAUAUUACCCGCCUGAGCCCACCUUCAGAGCUCUUGAGCCGUACUCAUAUAGCCCACACUUCGAGAUCCCAGAAGCAGUAGAUAAACCAGCCAAAAAUGCUGAGCAUGAGGAAGUGAUCAGAAAAUUCAAAAGCCUGGAGCAAUCCUUCCGGAACAUGCACGGGUUGGGCAGCCAAGUCAGUGUUGCUUACAAAGAUCGAUGCCCGUUCCCUGACGUCCAACUGCCCGCAGGAUUCAAAAUGCCCAAAUUCGACUUGUAUGAGGGACACGGUGACCCAGUGGCCCAUCUUCGGGGAUUUUGCAGUAAAAUGAGAGGUGCCGGGGGAAAAGACGAGUUGCUAAUAGCAUACUUUGUUCCAGAUCGUCUGUCAUUGCUGAAAUUUGAGAAGAAGCCAGGAGAAAGUUUUAGAGAAUUUGGUUUCCGACGGAGGGAACAAACUUCCAGGGUAGAUCCUCCAAUGAGGGAGAACGAGACGGUGGACUAUUUUUUGCAAACCUUGGAGCCGACGUACUUCGAACAUCUAGUGACGUCUGUGGGGAAAUCUUUUAAUGAAGUGCUGAAGAUGGGCGCCAUGAUCGAAGAGGGUCUAAAGUCUAACAAAAUCCUGAGUUAUUUAGCAUUGAAAGAAACCACACAGGCCAUACAGAGCCGCACUAGUGGUGUGUUGGGAAAGAAGAAGAAAGAAGAAGUGGCUACAGUGGAAACCGGCACCUGGUCCAGGUGUAACAACCCUCCACCUUACUAUAGCCAACCUAGACCCCACUCCUCAAAUUACCCAUAUACUACAUAUAGCCCACCCCAAUAUUACUACCCGCCACCAGAACCACACUUCUCAGUUCACCAUGCCCAAAUGUAUACCCAGCCUCCGGCGCACCCCCAAUGGCGUGCACCGGCACCCCAAAACACAUAUACUCCCCCACAAAACACCCAUCUACACCCCAGGGCUAACAGACCAGGACCUGGCUUCCGUCCGAAUCAAGCUUUUCAGAAUGAGAAGGCCCCUAACAGAAGAAAUUUUACCCCAUUAGGAAACUCUUACACGGCCAUAUUCCAUAGGUUGAAACAUAUGGAGAUUUUAGCCCCAAUCGAGCCUAAAGUACCAAACCCACCUCCCAGAAACCUGGACCAGUCUGUUAGUUGUGAGUAUUGCUCGGGAAUGCUGGGGCAUGCGACUGAGAAAUGUUGGAAGCUGAAAAAUGUAGUGCAGUACCUUAUUGAUAACCAUCGUAUUGAGGUGCAGGCGCCGGAGGUGCCAAACAAUAAUCAGAAUCCACUGCUAGUACAUUAUGAGACCAAUAUGAUUGAGCUAGUGCACAAGGAUGGGGAAAUGCAGAAGCCAUCACAAACCGUGAUGAUGAUUCGCGCUGUGGAAACUAGCUCAAAAGAAAAGCUGACUAGGAUACAUUCGUGGGUGAAGUUGAAAGGUGCAAGUGAUAAACCAGUGAUAGUAAUAGGAAAAGAAUUGUUCGUCAUUGCAAAGAAACUGGAACUGGCCAAGCUUGUGGUAAAAGGGGCAUCAUCUGCGCCCGUGGCUUAUGUGAAAGGGGCCUACAUAGAGCCGGUAAUCAUCAAACUGGUGGUCCAGUUACCUGUGGUUGAUAGCAAGGCUGUGCCGUGGAAAUACAAAAAGGUAGUUGUGACCUAUAAAGGGAAGGAAAUUGAGGAAGAGAGUUGUGAGGUGCAGAGGUUGACUCGGUCGGGGCGUUGCUUCGCUCCCGAAGAGUUGAGAAAGGCUAGGGCUACUAAAGACAGUCCAGCGCAGGUUAAAAAGGCCGUCACAGAAGAGGAAGCAGAAGAAUUUUUAAGAAAAAUGAAAGUACAAGAUUAUUCCAUUGUCGAACAACUGAGAAAGACGCCUGCUCAUAUCUCGUUAUUGUCACUAUUGAUUCACUCUGAUGAACACCGUCGGGCUUUGAUGACGAUUUUAAAUGAAGCUCAUGUGCCUGAUAAGAUUUCAGUGAACCAUUUGGAGACCAUUGCUACCAAGAUGUUUGAAGUGAACACGAUAAUGUUCUCGGAUGAUGAGUUACCCAUAGAAGGAACAACGCAUAAUAGAGGCCUUUACUUGACAGUCAAAUGUGAAGAUUCGGUGGUGACCAGGGCGUUUAUUGAUAAUGGGUCUAGUGCCAACAUUGUUCCGAUGUCCACCCUGAACAAGCUAAAGAUUGAUAAUGAUCGAAUCCGCAGGAACAAUGUAUGUGUUUGA